AUGGACGAGAAAACAUCUGAUAUCCAUCAGACCGAUCAUGUCGAGCGUCUACGGGGGCCACCUUCGAAGGCAAUUCACCAUGGUGACUCUGAGCGUCCAGUCUGGGAGGAUCGUGAGACUUACGGGCCUGCUGGCUUCAAGGGAAUCUUUAGCAACAAAUAUGUUACUUUGUGUGCCGCGUUCGCGACCAUGGGAGGUGCCCUUUUCGGUUACGAUCAAGGUGUCGUGUCUAUCACGCUUGUGAUGGACCAGUUCCUUGAAGUGUUUCCCGAGGUUUCCGAAAAUGCCGCCGGAGCAGGUUUCAAGAAGGGCCUCCUGACAGCUAUGAUUGAGCUGGGUGCCUUCCUAGGCGCUAUGAAUCAGGGCUGGCUUGCAGACAAGAUAUCUCGGAAGUGGUCCAUUCUUGUAGCCGUUAUCAUCUUUAUGAUCGGCUCGGCCGUGCAGACUGGUUCCAUGGGAUACGGAAUGCUCGUUGCUGGCAGAUUUAUCGGUGGUAUUGGCGUUGGAAUGUUGGCAAUGGUUGCUCCCCUCUACAUCUCUGAGAUUGCACCACCGGAAAUCAGAGGCACACUGCUUGUGUUGCAAGAGCUUUCCAUCGUCACAGCCAUCGUUGCAGCUUUCUAUACUACCUACGGUACCAGAUUCAUUCCGAGUCAAUGGUCCUGGAGACUACCCUUUCUUCUUCAAAUGGUUCCUGCAAUCUUCCUCGGGGCAGGUGUGCCAUUCCUUCCGUACUCUCCUCGUUGGCUGGCCGGCAAAGGCCGCGACGAUGAAGCUCUCGAAGUUCUCUGCAAGCUUCGAGGUCUCCCUGCUACGGAUCAGCGUGUCUUGACCGAGUGGUUCGAGAUCCGGUCGGAGGUCGCAUACCAGAAGGAGGUUUCCGCCAAGCUUCACCCGAAACUGCAAGAUGGGAGCAAGAGCAGCCGUAUCAAGCUUCAGAUUCUAGGAUACACCGACUGCUUCCGUAAGGGAAGCUGGAAGCGAACCCACGUCGGAAUUGGACUCAUGUUCUUCCAGCAAUUCGUCGGCAUCAACGCCCUGAUCUAUUACUCUCCCACCCUCUUCGCCACCAUGGGCCUCAACCGCCAAAUGCAGCUCGACAUGUCUGGUGUUCUUAACAUCUGCCAGGUGGUCGCUUGUCUGUGGUCGCUCUGGGGCAUGGAUCGAUUCGGACGCAGACCAUUGCUCCUUGGUGGAGGUGUCUGUAUGAUUAUCUCUCAUUUCAUCAUUGCAGUCCUCAUGGGCAAAUUCCAGGACAGCUGGGACACGCACAAGGUGGAGGGAUGGGUGUGCGUAGCGUUCCUGCUAUUCUUCAUGCUCACCUUCGGCGCAACCUGGGGACCGAUCCCAUGGGCGAUGCCAUCAGAGGUUUUCAGCAGUUCCCUGCGAGCAAAGGGUGUUGCGUACGCGACGAUGUCGAACUGGUUCAACAACUUCAUCAUCGGUCUCAUCACUCCUCCGCUGGUGCAGAACACGGGCUUUGGCACGUACGUCUUCUUCUGCGCUUUCUCAGCAUUGGCUGUCGUAUGGGUCUACUUCGUUGUUCCCGAGACCAACGGCCGGACGCUGGAGCAGAUGGACCAGGUUUUCCACGAUAACACUGGCGAGGUCGAGAAGGAACGCCGCGCUAGGAUCGAGAGCACAAUGGCGGCUGCCAUCUGGGAUAACAGGACGCCUCCAUCCGAGACUGCGUGA